AUGAAACGGAAGCUCGAUGCAAACGAUGUCCCCUCGCCAGAGGCAAAGGCCGCAGAUGCGAAUGAUGCGAACGAUACGGACUUCGAAAGCCUCAAUCUUGACCCGCGACUGCGCCAAGCCCUGAUCAAAGAGAAAUUUACAAAACCUACUCUGGUCCAAGCAAAGGGAAUUCCCCUGGCGCUUGAAGGAAAGGAUAUUUUGGCCCGCGCAAAGACUGGCUCCGGCAAGACUGCCGCUUAUGUUCUCCCGAUCAUUCAAACCAUCCUCCAGAAGAAAUCUAUCGACCCUUCAUUGAAGGCUACAACAGGCCUCAUCCUCGUCCCAACCCGAGAGCUUGCGGAACAAGUCCAGAAUGUCGUUACUACUUUCGCAGCCUUCUGCGGAAAGGAUGUUCGCUCGGUGAACCUUACACAGAAAGUAUCAGACGCAGUACAACGUACCAUGCUCGCUGACUACCCUGACUUGAUCGUGUCGACUCCCUCCCGUGUCCUCGCCAACAUCGGAAACUCAGCCCUGUCCUUGGAAAAUCUGGCCCACCUUGUGAUCGACGAAGCGGACUUGGUACUUUCAUAUGGUUAUGAAGAUGACAUUCACACAUUGGCAAAGGCUGUUCCUCGUGGUGUUCAAACAUUCCUCAUGAGCGCUACUCUCACAUCGGAAGUUGAUACCUUGAAGAGCUUGUUUUGUCGGAACCCCGUUAUCCUGAAGCUGGAAGACAAAGAGGACGAGGGUGCCGGUAUCAGUCAAUUCGUGGUCAGAUGUGCGGAAGACGAAAAAUUCCUCUUGACCUACGUCAUCUUCAAGCUUCAACUGAUUAAAGGAAAGGUCAUUAUUUUCGUUGGAGAUGUGGAUCGGUGCUACCGAGUGAAGUUGUUCCUCGAACAGUUUGGUAUCAAGAGCUGUGUUCUCAACUCCGAAUUGCCCGUCAACUCCCGGAUACACGUCGUGCAGGAAUUCAACAAGGGAGUCUAUGAUAUCAUAAUUGCUGCCGACGAUCAAGAAGUCAUGGGCGUUUCCAAAAAGUCCAGAAAGUCAGAGGAUGCUUCCAACGAACAAGGUGAAGAGGCAAACGAAGGAAUCGGUUCGAGCGAGGAUGAAGACGAGGAAGAAAAUGGCAAAUCAUCUAAGCGCCGCAAAGUAUCAGGCAAGGAUAAGGACUACGGAGUUUCCCGCGGUAUCGACUUCCAAAACGUCGCCUGUGUUCUGAACUUCGACCUGCCCUCCAAUUCUAAAUCAUACACCCACCGUAUCGGACGUACCGGAAGAGCGGGCAAGGCCGGUAUGGCACUCUCGUUUGUCGUCCCGGCUGAAGACUUUGGAAAGCACAAGCCUACUUCCUUUUCAGGAUCGAAGCGCGAUGAGGCCGUGCUCGGAAAGAUUGUCAAGCGGCAAUCCAAGCGCGGGCACGAAGUCAAGCCCUACCAUUUCGAAAUGAAGCAGGUCGACGCUUUCCGAUACCGAAUGACUGACGCCCUUCGAUCUAUCACACGGCUGGCAGUGCAGGAAGCCCGUGCCCGAGAAAUUCGGCAGGAACUGAUUAAGAGUGAGAAGCUUAAGCGCCAUUUCGAAGAGAACCCCGAGGAACUGCGCCAACUCCGCCACGACGGUGAGCUUCGCUCAGCACGUAUUCAACCGCAUCUCAAGCAUAUCCCAGAAUACUUGAUGCCCGCCAAGGGAAGAAAGGGCAUCUCGAGUGAAAAGAUCGGAUACGUCGGUUUCGGAAAGUCUAAUGAUAACAGAAUCCGAAAGGCAAGAGAAAAGAACCGUGGGAAGGGUAAGCCUAGGAAGGCUGGUGGAAGAGUUGAUCCUCUGAAGACAUUCAACAAGGGUCGUAAAUAA